UGAACAGGUUUGUACAAGAGCUUCAGCACACCAACACUGACUGAACAUGAAACACCUUCUGCUGAUGCUCAUCCUUCAGAUCGUUCAGAUCCACAUGGACCAAAUGGAGAGGAACCAAGACUGUGCAUGGCAUUGUUCUGAGGGACUACACUGUAAACGAAGAGCUUACUCUCCACUGUCAGUAUCUCGCUGCAAGAAUCAACCUGUUAACAGCACCGUAUUCUCUAAAGUGAUUCUGUCCACUGUUUUGGGAUGUGAGGGGAGAACCUGUUCACUUCAACUCAGAAUUGCAACCUCAGUGAAUAUUACCGAUGAGAUCCGUGGAGUUUCAGUGUGUGCCGACUCUGCGGGGAUGAUGGGACAUUGUCAGAUUUAUAAAUUUGUCCAAGUUGCCGGUGGAAAUGAAACAGGAAAACAGGUGGAUGUGCAGUUUAAGUGUGUCCCUGUUAGACCUGGACAGCAUUUGUUUGUAACUCUCAAAACUGUUCCAAACUACUGUAAGGCCACGUGGAUACAAAGACACCUUGUUCCCGAAUGCAGUCAUGAAGGCAUCAGAGAUGAAAUUGCAGAGUGCAUCAGUAAAUGUAUUCAUUAUAAUGUCACAAUAUUCAUUGAGUUAUUUUUUAUGAUAGUUAAUGCCUUAAUGUAUGUUAUCAUUGUAGCUGGAAAGCUAGUGUAUACUGUAGAUAAAACCAGGAGGGAGAUAACGGUGUCAGUGACUCAUGCUCCUGAAGACACAGAUUAUAAUCUCAGGCUCUGCCAUAAACGUAGUGCCAUUUGUACAGGGGAAGGGACACACAAAAUGAUCAAACCACCAAAUGUACACAGAAGCAUAACUUUCCAGUAUUCAAAAGCCCUACCCUGUUUGUGCAUUGAGGGCUGGCCUGCCAGAGUUGAUGCAAGGAGAGUUCAAGUGUGUCCAUUCAGAAAUAAUUUGGAAGAGUUGUGGUCUGGGAUAUCCUAUGACCCAUACAAGGAAGAAUUAAAAUGGGAGCCAUUGUGUCCUGUCAAAGUGUCUGUUUCUCUUUGCCAUGCUGAUGGAGGAAAUAACUGCCGGGACCUUGGAAAUGUAUUCUAUUCCGAAGGACAAAACGUGAUAUUCUCUUCCAUGGAUCCACACCCUAUGCUUUGCACGAAGUUUACCACUGAUGGCGAAACAUGGAUAAAGUGUCCUUUCGCCAAAGGGAAUUUCACAGUUUGGAGAGUACAGUUUGCAUCCAGGGAUGGUCAGCACUGGGCAGAGAUAUCAUCUUGGGUCAAAGCCAACUUUUCUGUUGCCCUCUGUGAGACAAAACCAUCCUCUCAGUGCAAACAAAUGGAGAGAAACAUAUCACAAAUCAUAUCUGUGGACAGCAUGAAGCACACAGCUUUCAACUUUUCUAGAAGUGCAUGUGAAGCGUGUGUUUGCAUCCAGGUGCAGAGGGUGGAUGUACAGUUUUCAGUCCCUGUUCUACAGUGUGAAUUGCAGUGUUCAAAUUGGUGUCGUUACCCGGAAAGAAGUUACAUUCAGGAGAUGGAGAAGAUCAUCAUGCUUGCUGCCAUUAUUCUGACAGUGAUCUUGGCAGUUGCCUUAGUCGGUAAAAUGAUGAUAAGAGAUGGAGGCAAGAGGAGAACGGUGUGGACAAAAGUUGCGUGUCAUGGGACGAGACAGUGACACAUACAGCAAGUGAGGAUGUGGAUUGUGGGACAGUUCUCAAUGCAGGAUAUUUGACUUUAUUAUUAGGACUGAAGCUCCAUCAUGACAACAUAAUUCUUACAUCUUGUAUGAUGCAUGCAUGAAUGUUGUAAAAGCUGAUAAAUGUAUAUAAAUGCAAUUGAUAUGUCUGUAUGAACGUUUAUAAUGAAUAAUUGAGGGCUGAAUGCAACAUCUGCUGUAAGAUGCACAAUGUUUAUAAUGCACAAGAAUAUUCUCAUCCCAAACAAAUAAUUGUGUACAUAGAUUUUAAAGGGGAAGUGUGUAAUUUAUGUGCAUAUAGAGUCACCAAACAGAAUUGCAAAAAGAAUGACAAUUUUCCAAACAAAAUUGUAAGCACUCCCCCUCUCUUUCAUUGGUGGACUGAGCAGAUUGUCCCUCCCCAAACUUAUACAAUUGGUCUUGCCAAGUUUGCUUCCUGAGCUGGCCGAGAUAGCCAAAGAACCACAGUAUUUACACUUGUCAGGGAAAUCUGCCCACAAAUGGCUUACUUGUAGCGGUCUCUCCCUUAUAAGCUUGGAUGGGAGAAAGCAUUUUAACAUCAUAAAAAAAUUACACUUAACCUUUAAAGCGUAUAUGUAUAAAAAAAAAAAAAAAAAAGGCUGAGAUUAAGACAGUGACACACAUUAAUUGUUUCCUGUCAUAUCAUUCAUUCAGACUUUGCACAAUGACAUUUUCUUGUAGCCUAUGUUACCUUUUUGUACAGCAGGGGGCAGUGUUUGUCACAAAUGAAUGGAUGUCUCAGCAAUGAGAUUUCUUUUUUUGCUUUGUGGCUUUAUAUUUCUCUCACGUAGUGCUUGAAACUAGGUCACAAAUGGGUGGUCAGCUUAUACAGACAUUUGUAUAACCCUGUGUCUCAGUUCACUGCCAUAGAAAGUUUGCAUAUAUCUGUUACUGAAACCUGUGUCUGUGUUAGCUGUGAUGUUCCCAUCAUCAAGAUUAUCUGACACUUUUCUCUGCACCCAAGGAAAAAAAAAAACACUCGGAGAUACAGAUGCAGAGAUACUGUAUAUCUUUUUCAAUGGUGCGGCUUCGUGCUUUUUGGAGGGGCAGGGUGGAUUUGGUGCUGGGGUGUGCUGAUGAAAACAUUCCUGAAGUAUAGAGUAAAGCCCAGACAAUAGAGCUCAAUCACAGAUAUAGGAAAAUACAGCAAACCAAGAGAGAUUUUGGAUGGAUGCCACCAUUGCCGCCCCAUUUUAUGGUUCCAUUCUGUCUCCAAUCUAGAUAAGUAGAGUAUAAUAAAUGUAGUUUAAAAGAAAAGACCCUGCUGGUCUUUUCAGAGGUGUUAUACAGUUGAAGUCAGAAGUUUUCAUACACCUUAGACAAAUACAUUUAAACUCAGUUUUUCACAAUUCCUGACAUUUAAUCAUUGAAAACAUUCCCUGUCUUAGGUCAGUUAGUAUCACUUCUUUAUUUUAAUGGGAUAUGUCAGAAUAAAAGUAGAGAAUUAUUUAUUUCAGCUCUUAUUUCUUUCAUCACAUUCCCAGUGGGACAGAAGUUUAAAUACUCUUUGUUAGUAUUUGUUAGCAUUGCCUUUAAAUUGUUUAACUUGGGUCAAAUGUUUUGGGUAGCCUUUCACAAGCUUCUCACAAUAAGCGCUUUAGCGCUUUGAGUGCAAGAAAAGCGCAUUAUAAAUAAAAGGUAUUAUUAAUAAGUUGCUGGAAUUUUGGUCUAUUCCUCCAGACAGAACUGGUGUAACUGAGAGGUUUGUAGGCCUCCUUGCACGCACACGCUUUUUCAGUUCUGCCCACACAUUUUCUUGCAUAUUGAGGUCAGGGCUUUGUGAUGGCCACUGCAAUACCUUGACUUUGUUGUCCUUAAGCCAUUUUGCCACAACUUUGUAGGUAACUUCAUUGUCCAUUUGGAAGACCCAUUUGCGACCAAGCUUUAAAUUCCUGGCUGAUAUCUUGAGAUGUUGCUUCAGUAUAUCCACACAAUUUUCCUUCUUCAUGAUGCCAUUUAUUUUGUGAAGUGCACCAGUCCCUCCUGCAGUAAAGAACCCCCACAACAUGAUGCUGCUACACCCAUGCUUCACAGUUGGGAUGGUGUUCUUUAGCUUGCAAACCUCACCCUUUUUCCACCAAACAUAAUGAUGGUCAUUAUGGCCAAACAGUAAAUUUUUGUUUCAUCAGACCAGAGGACAUUUCUCCAAAAAGUAAGAUCUUUGUCCCCAUGUGCACUUGCAAACUGUAGUCUGGCUUUUUUAUGGUGGUUUUGGAGCAGUGGCUUUUUAAUUGCUGAGCAGCCUUUCAGUUUAUGUCGAUAUAGGACUUGCUUUACUGUGGAUAUAGAUGCUUGUCUACCUGUUUCCUCCAGCAUCUUCACAAGGUCCUUUGCUGAUGUUCUGGGGAUUGAUUUACACUUUUUGCAAAAACUACAUUUAUCUCUAGGUGACAGAAUGCAUCUACUUCCGGAGAGCUAUGAUGGCUGUGUGGUCCCAUGGUGUUUAUACUUGCAUACUAUUGUUUGUACAGAUGAACGUUAUACCUUCCGGCAUUUGAAAAUUGCUCCCAAGGAUGAAACACACUUGUGCAGGUCCACAAUUUGGCUGAUUACUUUUGAUUUUCCCAUGAUGUCAUUGAAAGAGGCACUGAGUUUGAAGUUAGGCCUUAAAAUAAAUCCACAGAUACACCUCCAAUUCAGUACACCUAUCAGAAUCUAACUGACAAACUGUCUAAAGGCUUGACAUAAUUUUCUGGAAUUUUCAAAGCUGCUUAAAGGCACAGUUAACUUAGUUUAUGUAAACUUCUGACCCACUGAAAUUGUGAUAGUCAAUUAAAAACAAAACAAUCUGUCUGUAAACAAUUGUUGGAAAAAUUACUCAUGUCCUGCACAAAGUAGUAUCCUAAAAGACUUGCCAAAACUAUAGUUUGCUAAUAUUACAUCUGUGGAGAGGUUACAAAAUGAGUUCAACCUAAGUGUAUGUAAACUUCUGACCUUAACUGUAGAUGUUUAAAAUGUGCUAAUAAGUAUCAGCAACUGAAUAGGUGGGGUAUCUUUGAUCACACCUUGUACUGAAAUUCCUAGAGUUCAAGCGAGAGUAGCUGUGUGUGCGUUAGUACUGGAGUGUUUUUGAAUGGGGUAAACACUGUAAAUCAUGCUCAUGAGAAACAGUUGGCCCAAAUGACCUCAUCGUUGCCUCAAGACUCCACCUGCUGCUUGCGAGACUUCAGCUGGGAGUGAGGCAUUCCGCUUUGAUCCUUUCCAUACGUUUAGUCACAGCUCCUUGCCAGAACACUACCUCUUCUGUGCCUUCCUGAAAGAACGUUUGGCUGGUUGUGCUUUGCUGCGUGAAUCAUUUUUGGUUUUAAGCAUGAGAAAUGAACAAAAGACAUGAAGAAAAAUGACUUUCAUAUGGGAGUGUUGUGGUGUAGUUGUUAAUACUCAGGCUUGGUAAUCGUAAGGUUGUUGGUUUGACUCCCUGCAGAAGCAUCACACAUAUACCCUUGAGCAAAGCACAUACUGUAGGCCCUGUCCCAAAUGACACACUUGAUGUGGACUUGCAGUCUCCUGGCCUUCAUUUGCGUAUGCCCAUAGGGUGUUACAUAUGACAUUUUAGCACUCAGAAGGGUGCUCAAGAGCACCUCCUUUACGCUCCUUUUCCUUCCAAAGUGGUCUACUACCCAACAGCUUAUCCUCUUGACCAAUCACAGCGGACUGGAGUUUCUAGGGAUUUAAUAUUCAAUUUCAAUCAUUGUUUUCUCUGAUUGUCAAUGAUGGAUCUCUUGCUGCGAUAUUGUAUCACUUGUAUCACUUUUAUAAUGUGUGUAUAUAAUUGGUUUAAAAAAAACAAUAUUCAGUUUAACAGAGCUGGAAUCACUCAUAUUCAGUUUCUAUUGAAUAGUUUACUUUUGUUUUCUUGGGGAAGUUUUAUGUUCAUAAAAGCAGCUUAAAACUAAAACUUUGCUAUCAUUGUAUCGAAGAGGAUUGUAGCAUUAUUGUCUCUAAAAUAUCAAGACAUGGGAGAGUUUGUUCCUGCACAAAGAUGUAGCUUGCAAUAAUUAUUAUAUUAAUUUAAAUAGCAACAUCUGUUCUACCGUUGAAAUAUACAGUAUACCUGAAAAAGUGUGACUGUGUGUAUUUUAGAAAGAUAUUUAUGAUCUAUGGCAGUGUGUGAGCCAUAUGUUCUUUCUAUACAUUUGACUGUUUUAAGCACUGGCAUGCAACCAUCCAGGUGUCCGCGUCAUGUUUAUUUGUUCUGUAAGUAUUUAAAAAGAUGGGUUUUUUGUUGUUGUUGUUGUUGUUAUAUGUGUGAUUUGAAUUUCAGAAGUUUAUGAU